AUGGGCGGGCGGGGAAAGAAUUUCGAGAAUUUGGCGGUGGAGGGUCAGGGUGUCUGUGGCGUGGCGAGAAGAGCGGAGGAGGCGGGUGGUAGAAGAAAGGGGUACCGGCGGCGGCGUGAAAAGGGGAUUGCCGGAGGUGGUAUUGUGAGUUUGGUGGUGGUGGUAAUUUCAAUGGGAGAAGGAAGCGAAAUAUUCACAACGGAGUUUUGUGGUGUCCUCUGUAAGCUUAUUGAUUUGAUGGGAAAACCGAAUAUUUCCGAUUUUUUCCCACUUCUUGCAGGUCUUGAUAUCCAAGGAGUAAAGAAACAAGCGGAGACUUACAUGCAAUCGGAUGUUGUGUCUGGUGGGACCGACACUACAGCGACAAAUAUUAAGUGGGCAAUGGUCGAGCUUAUGAACAAUCCGGAGGUCAUGAGAAAGGCGCAAAAAGAAUUAUGUGACGUCGUCGGAUUAAAUAACAUGGUCGAAGAAUUACAUAUUCCAAAAUUGAAAUAUUUGGAAGCAGUUAUCAAAGAAACAAUGCGGUUACAUCUGCCUGGACCCCUCUUGCUUCCAAAGUACCCGGCUUGUAUUACAGUUAUCCCCAAGAAUACAACGGUUUUUAUAAAUAUGUGUUUGAUCCAUAGAGAUCCUUUAAUUUGGGAUAAUCCAAUGGAAUUCAAGCCAGGGAGAUUUCUUGAUGGCGAUAUUGGAAAAUGCGAUUAUAGAGGUAACCAUUUUCAUUAUCUCCCGUUUGGAUCGGGGAGAAGGAUUUGUGCUGGCAUACCCCUUGAGGAGAAAAUGUUAUUCUAUUUUCUAGCUUCACUUUUACAUUCUUUCGAUUGGAAAAAUAGAACAGGGCGAAACACUUGA